GCCAUCUAUUUGAUUUGAUUUUUAGAAAUGGGAGAGUUUUCAGACUUUUCUAUAGAAAAUUAUUGAAGUUUAUUGAUUCAAUUAAAUUAAACAAAAAAUGAAUGAAAACUGCUUAAUCAGCCAUUAUGGGGAUCCAUCAAAGAAAAUUAAAAAGAUUUAGCAAUUUUAUAAAUACGAUUUAAAUAUCUCAAAUAAUAUUAGAAUUCACAUAGGUUGAUAACGC